CUUCGUCUGGUGUGGAUCGUUUGUUGGCAGAGGAGAUGAUAAGAUCGUAACGGAUAUAUCUGCUGCAACACGGCGUUAUCAUUGUCAGACGAGAUAUGGAUAUUCGUCUGUGCAGAGAAGACCGGUGAAAUAUUUUAGUUCUCAUGUUUCAUGUCUGCUGUGUUGCCAGGAACGCUUCUUGGCGAGUUGUUUUUGAGAGAUAGAACGAGUGUGUUAAGAAUGACUUGAAAUUUUUAUUUUUAUACUACGAAUUUUAAAGUUGAUGCUUAAAAUUCAAUUGACUAUUAUAAAGAUAUUUGUUGAACAUAUUAGCUGCUGGAGGAAUUUUGUUUCUUUUUGUGGUGACUGGUGAUUAAAGGAACUGAUGCAAGUCACAGGUAAAUAACGAAUUGAUUGACAAAUCAGUGUGAUUGAUUAGUGAAUAUUUAUAAAGAUGAUGCAUUUUAUUUCCAACAACUUUCUUCCAUAACAGAAUUAUAAGCUAAAUAUUAUAGGCAGCGAUUCUUCAACUUGCUUUGAAAGUGAUUAUCUGUGAGUGUUUUAGGUUAAAUUAUAUGUAAAUAUCAUUCUAAAAUCAGUGAAAGUUAAUAGACUGAAUAUCGUUUUUAUUGAUUAUUUCGAAAUCGAUGGAUUUUGUUUUCAAACUGUGAAUUAAUGUGUUAAUCUGCUUACAUACUUUUCAAAUUACAGUAGCUGUCUCUGAUGAUAUAGUACCGCAAUGAAACUAAUGGCAGCAUCUGUGCUUCCUCUGUCUACGGUGCGACCGCGUUUUGAACACCGGUCGUUCUCCGUCCCAGUGUCAUUCGCUGCCGGCGUUCUGAUUGGAAUCCCUCUUACUUACUUCAUUUUGAUUCUCACAGUGGAUAACCCUUAUACAUCUCAUCGGGCUUGGGUGGAUGGCGGUUCACGACGAUUUAGCAUUUCUCAUAGCCCUGUGGCGUCUUUGUUUAGACUACCUUCUGUAAGUUCUACAUCCGAUUCUAGGAAGACGGACUUAACAAAAGAUCUUCCUUUGAUCUCCAGUAUUCUAGUCAAACCAGACAGAAAAGUGAGGAUUAUUCCAAGCCACAGCAGUGAUUUAUUGGUGAAAUCCGUUAGCAGCAACAACGAAUCGACUAACGUAUCAAAGCCAUUCAAAUUAGAUGAUAUCGUGGAUGGUGUCUAUUGGACAGCACUUUCUGAGAGAUUUGUCCCCAGAGGUUUCGAUGAUUAUGAUAUUAAACUCUGGAAAAGGUUUCUGAAUUCAACUGAUGUCCUAAAAGUUGAAGAAGGAUGUGGUCGGAUGCAAAACCGAUUAGUCACAUUAGCAGAGGGUGGCAAAUCUUGUUGCCGCUACAGGCAUAACAACGAUCAAAUUCAAGGUGAGAUUUUCUCUUUCUACCUUGGAAGACUCUUGGGGAUAAGGAACCUAUCCCCAUCUUCUUUGGCUUUAGUGGAUGCCAGAACAAGACGCUGGUCAUCUGCUGCCUCCCAGAUAGCACUUGCACAGUGGAGUUCGGAACGACCUGUGGUGCUUACACAAUUCGUGGAGAAUCUUCAACCUGCCUACAUUCCUCAACAUUUUCGUGAAAAAGAUAAAAGAAGGUUGCAUCCAAUAUUUCAAGAUCUGGGCAAUCUCACGGCUAGUGAUAUAUCUGAACUUGUGCAGUGGACAGAUCUAGUAGUCUUCGAUUAUCUGACUGCCAACUUGGAUAGAGUGGUCAACAAUCUUUACAAUGAACGGUGGAACCCAGGUAUGAUGAAACAACCUACGCAUAAUCUUGCUAAAACUCCUGAAGGCCUUCUCCUAUUUCUGGACAACGAAUCUGGCCUCUUACAUGGGUAUAGACUGUUAGAGAAAUAUGAGCAUUUCCACAGAGCUUUGCUAGAUGGUCUAUGUGUCUUCAAAAAAGAUACUGUGGAUGCUGUGGACAAAUUGCACCAUGGCAACGUUGGACACUUGUUGAAGAAAUCUUUCCUGGAAAACGACCCAGGUAUGUUUGAUUGGCUACCUUUCUUACCUGACAGAAGUUUAAAAACUCUGAGAAAGAGGAUAGCUCAUGUGCAUGAACACAUAAGGACGUGUAAAUCCAGGUUCGCACCGGAUUCGGUGGUCUUGGAAGCGCCAAUAAUUAAUUAGUGAUAAUUUAUUACAUUUCAUGUAAUAAUUACAUUAUUUGAUGUAAAUAAUCCAAGCCAGUCACAAGAAAGUGUCCUAAAUACAGAACCAAAGGAAUUGAAAACUUCAAAAGGCGAGUCAUUGAUUUUAAAAUUUCAAAUUAUUUCUCUUGUGUCUCUUGAGAACUUAAAUGUAGUCAGUGAGUUUUAUGAAUGAUGCUAGUGAAAAUUUUCGUAAUUUUCUUAGAAGCUGUAUAUUUUAAAUGCUGUAUAUUUGUAAAUAAUUAAGACAAUAUUUCUCUAUUCAUAAUUCAUUUGAUGUUCUGAAAAUAAUUAAAUAUCA